AAAUUGCUCAACCAGCGCCAGAAAUUGACAACUACGGUUUCCCAUCGAACGAGUAACAGCUAGUGAAUUUUAAAUUUCGCGUUGGUACUAUCGUUUUAAAUUUGAGACACUUGAGUGCAUCUUCGCAACGUAUGUCAACGGACAUAUCUCCUCGAUUCGUUUUGCACGGUCUGCCUGUCGUUGAUCUGUGGCACGGCCGACGUGGUGAUUCUCGUUCUUCCGCCCUUCUAUUCCCCACUCUUGUUUUCUCCUUUCUUUUGCUUACUAUCUCUCUUUGUUCUUUACACAUGUCUUUCUUUUUCUAACGUUCCUUGCAAGAUGUCGAAAGUGCCAGAGGCGCUCACAUGGAUUAGAAAAAUGGCGGCAACACAACUAAACAGAGCUCGAACAAUUAAGAAAGUUGAAAAACCUAGGCCGCUUAAACUCAAUCAACGCCACUCGACCGUCGAUGGGCGGAUUACGACUGUGGAGGAUAUAGUGUCCUUAAUCGACAAUGUUGCAAUGCAACUAACUAAUGGCUUCCAUGACCGAACGCUACAAAUGAAUGUGGUUACAAUGUGUAAUCACCUGAAGCUUUAUGCUCAUCAGUUAGAAGCUAUUUAUAAAGAUCAGCUGGAUAGAGCUUUUGUGGCAAUCAGAAAUGGAAGUCAAGACGAUAAACUAGAUAUGACGACUAGGGUUCACCUGCUGGAACUUAUAGAGUUAAGAGCUAAGCAAUGGCGUCACACUGAUUCCAUGGAUGUGUAUUACACACAAAAAUUAUCACAUCUGGAUAAUGUAGAAGCAAUACCUGAUACACCCACAAAUGCAUUAUCAUCUCCAAUGGCAACAAUGAGUUCACCAACUGUGGCACCAAUUUUAGGACCUGGCGAAGUAAUAAAGAACAGUGGAAAAUUUGUUAAACCCACACGUAUUCCUGGAAAGAACUAUUGCAAAGAUGAAGUUGUUAUACGUAAUAGUGAUUCUGGUAAAGUGAUGGGAAUAAAAGGGCGGCGGGUUCACAUGAUCGAAGAGCUCAGCCAGACAAUCAUCUCCUUCCAGCGAGUAAACCCUGGAGCUAAAGAACGACUUGUCCAGAUUACGGGUACUUCCGAGGACAAGAUACAUUACGCGAAGGACUUGAUAAAAGAUACGAUUCAACGAAAUGCAUCGCCGGUGAGAUUGGAGCAAGGUGGAGGAGAAAAGGGAGCAAUGGGUGGUUCUAGUUCUUCGUUAAAUAGUAGCGCAUCAGACGAGAGCAAUCGACUACAGCAGCAACAAAGUUCUCGUUUACGAAGUUCACUCCUUCACAGCUUCUCCACCAACGACGCCAGUAUAGGCGAAUAUAAAUAUACGGUUACGAUUGGUAACCAAUCCCUGAAAAUCACAGGAUGUAAUCUUGAUCUUGUUAGGACCGCAAAGCUAGUACUAGAUGAAUACUUCUUGGGUGACGCUGAGAAUUUUACAAGUGGUAUAGAGUACUUCAAUUUCGAAGAAGAAUCUCCUUACUCAGUUUCGUCUUCCAGUACGCAGAAAGCAUUAACUCCAAGUAAUACAAACGAAGUAGCGCGGGAGUUAAACAUAGAUAGCGCUGCCACUUCAGAAAGUGAAGAAACUUAUAAACCCCGCAUAAUUGCUGAGCCAAAUUGUACAACUCAGGAAGUUCCAGAAAUAAGAGAACUCACAUAUGAGUUUUUGAUGCAGUGUUCAACAGGCCCGUACGCAAAACGACCACCUGCGGAUUGGGCUCGAAUUCAGAAGGAGUGUCCCAACAUUGUUCGCAAGCAUGCUGCUUGUAACAACAUAUUAAGUUUUUUCAACAGGAACCGAUUCGCUGGUUCGAACCGGAAACAUAUAAAGCUAAAGUAGCAGCUGCUGGGCUUGUUACAGUAUUACCAAUUGGAGACGGGGAAACUGAUCCAGAAUGAAGUUAAGAAUUGAAUGUUUUUCGAUCGUCACAGAAUUGUAUGUAUUAAUUUACAUCGAUAUUUUAUUUCGAUGUAUUGUGAUAAAUUUUCAAAAACAGAUUCAAUAUAAUUGUGUUCACCCAUGGACAAAAUGGACACGUAAUGAUCUGUGAGAUAACUUGUAUUGCUCAAUUCAAUUAUAGCAAUACAAAUUAAUUUAAAUAUUUGGAUAAGCUAUAAUAUUUAUGAACUUUCGAAUUCUUUGCGUGCUUGAAUCAAAAAAACUUUUUUUAAAUAACUGUAAUAUUUUUGUAAGCAUUUAUGCUUUUAUAUUAUAAUUAUAUACAGGAAAUUUGUAAAGUUACCAACUUUACUUAAUGAAAUGUAUGAAGUGCAGCAAAUACCCUUAGUCAGCUUUAUAGGUACAUAAAUGUACCGCUUCAUGUUUUGUAGCAAAGGAAAUAAUUAUUAUUAUAUUUGUUAUUACUAUACUAUUGCUAUAGAAUUGCAACAAUUCAUUUAAAAACUCAUGAAAGACAGCAAACAAUUUUUGUAUUCUUAGGCGUUGUAGAUCAAAUUAUAUAAUUUAUGAAAUUUUUUGAAAGAUGUUCAAGACAAGGAAUUUCCAUUAAUAAUUUUUUCUAUAAAUUGGACAGUUUAAAUAUUGAAUGAAAUUUAUAAA